AUGGACAAUGUGUUGCAAUACUCUGUUUGUUCAACGUUCACAUCAUUUAUAAUUGUUGUUUUAUUUCAUUUUAUUUUAUUAAUUUAUUUUUUUACAGAUGAAAAAACUAUUCAGCAGAAACAACAGAACGAAUCACAAUAUACUACAGCAAGGGUUCAUGUCAACAUGUCUGGCGGACUAUGUCGUUUGAUUAUGCUGUAUCUGUCUGUCGAUUUGUCCUUUGCUACACUGGGAGAGCUUGAAACCCGAAUGGAAAGCAAAUUUCACCAUUUGGAGCGUCUUUUAGAAAAACAAAAUGAACGAAUUCAACGUCAGGAGGUAGAAAUAAUUCAAUUAAAGAACGACCUAGCCAAUAACAAGAAAUCAGAUCUUUACAAAGAUAGGGAAAUUACUAUUUUGAAAGAACUAGUAUCAAAAUUGUCAAGCCAGUGUACACGACGAAGUAUUGGAGCAGAUAAUACUGCCGGAAAUAACAUAACAGAGACAGAGAAAUAUAAGCGACUACUUGUUGGUAGCAUAGUCCCUACCGAAGUCCCAUUGCCACGUACUACAGCUUUUUAUGCCUACAUGAGUCACAAUGAUGCCAGUCCAGGAAAAGGUCAUACAUUAAAAUUCGACGUCAUAAAAACAAACAUCAAUGGUGGCUACAAUCCAUUUUCUGGAAUAUUCACGGUACCAGCUGACGGUGUGUAUGUGUUUACGUUCAGCUUGAGGCUAUAUUCAGGGGUUUAUGGAGCCUACGAAAUAAUCAAAAACGCCGAUGUUGAAGGUGCAGCAGUAGGUAUUAUCGAGGGUUCUACCACCCAGUUACAAGUAACUGAAACAAUAGUACUUUCUGCUAAUAAGGGCGACAUUGUCUAUGUAAGAACACAUCCAACACUCACUCAUAAAGGAGAUAUUUUGACCAAUGAACAUGGAAGAUCUAUGUUUGCUGGGUGGCAGAUUUCACAUUAGAUAUAUAUUCAAUUGUUUGUUUUGUUUUUUCUUUAAACACUCACUUAUCCAUCAGAUAAUGUAAAGAAAAUAACAUGGAUAAACAUAUUUCAUCACCGACUGCACUGAAAAAUUAUCUGAAAAUGAAAUGACAAAUUCUGAAGGAAAAACACUUUAAACAAAUGUUUAAUGGGUUCGAGACAUGUCUUUGUUCUUCAAUUCACAGUUGUGGCGUGAUCAUCAGUAUCCAAAGAAUUCCUCUCAAACCGGUGCUAGAGCCCGUCUUAAACUUGCAAUCAGGUGAGAGUUUUUUUGUUUGCUCCGUGUUGAAGGUCUCACUGUGACUUUGAGAUGAAGAACAACAACUAAAGCGUAUUCCUUUGCUAUUUGUGUUUUUUUUUUUUGUGUGCAUAUACUGACUUUGUGUCAUGGAUGGACACCCAAUAUCCUUUCUUUUCUAUUAUAUAUACGGAAUUUGUCUCUCGUGCUGUGUGGAAGCUGUAGAAAGUUUUCCCUUGCUUGAUGUGUAUACUCGUUUGUAUUUUUUAAAUGGUAUUGCGUAUU